AUGGCAUCUCCUUUUCCUAUAGUUAACCCAUUUCAUUGGGGAUUCAACGGUACCGUCAAACAGCAAUCAAGUUCAGAAGGAACUGUCGAACUUGUCCUGAAAGAGGAUAAAGAAUCAAUCAGUUUCGAUCAAUUUGUAUCACAGUACGUCCCCGGUUUGAAAGAUGGUGCCAACUUUAAAUUGAGUCCAAUGCUAUUUACAGGGAUUUUGCAGACAUUAUAUUUAGCCUCUGCCGAUUUCACGAAGAAGUUCCCUGUCUUUUAUGGAAGGGAAAUUGUGAGCUUUUCUGAUGGUGGUGUCUGUUCUGCAGACUGGGUCAUGCCUGAAUGGGAGCCAAAAUACGAUUUUGCAAACGAUACUUUUGCUUUCAAUGAAGAUACUUUCAAAAAAGACGCAGAAGCUACUCAUCUAGCUACCUGGCCUCGUUUACACCCUCGUACUAGAUUUUUGAGUGAGGACGAAAGGAAAUUGGUACAUGAAAAUGAAAAGCCAUUGAUUAUUGUCUGCCAUGGUCUUGCAGGUGGUUCUCAUGAACCAAUCAUCCGUUCUUUGACUAAAAACUUGUCCACGAUCAGUAAUGGGAAAUUUCAAGUUGUCGUUUUGAACACUAGAGGUUGCGCACGUUCUAAGAUUACGACGCCUGGUCUAUUCACAGCUUUCCAUUCUUUGGAUAUCGAAGAGUUCUUACAGAGAGAAAAAGAUAGGCAUCCUACAAGGAAGGUUUACGGUGUAGGUUUUUCAUUUGGUGCUACGAUGCUCUCAAACUACUUGGGGAAAGUCGGAGGUAAGACUCAACUUACCGCUGCGUGCACUUUGUGUAAUCCAUGGGACAUGGUCCUUUCUGGUCAAAAGAUGGCUCAAGAUUUCUGGACAAGAAAUUUAUUUGCACAACCAAUUACACAAUUCUUAACAAGAAUGGUCAAGGUUAAUAUGAAAGAACUCGAAGUUCCUGAUGGAACUACACCAGAUCACAAACCUACCGUCGAUGAUCCAUCGUAUUACACUUUUACACGUGCUAAUUUAGAAAAAGCCUUCAAAUUCAAACAGUUGGUAGAGUUUGAUAAUGUCUUUACUGCACCUUCUUUGGGUUUCUCUAGCGGGCUGGAGUAUUAUAAAGCGGCCAGUCCAUUGAAUAGGAUAAAUAACGUGAAAAUACCAUUGCUAGUGAUCAAUUCCACAGAUGACCCCGUUGUUUCAGAACAUUCAAUUCCAAAGGCUUAUCUUGAUGAAAAUCCAAAUGUGCUACUAUGUGAAACAGAUCUAGGUGGUCAUUUAGCUUACUUAGAAUCGAGUGGUGACUCAUGGGUUACAAAACAAAUUGCUGACUUUUUCAAUAAAUUCGAUCAGUUUGUCUUGUAA